AUGGCGCUCAAGUUGGAUAUGUCGAAAGCAUAUGAUCAUUUGGAGUGGGAAUUUGUUACAACGACGCUUAGAUCAAUCCUCCUCGGCCGCAAUGUUGAGGAUCAUGUGAAAGACGCUAUUCGUGAGGAAUUGCAAGUGUUAAAAGUUGAAAAUCAUUUGAAAUACCUUGGUCUUCCUGUCACCUUUGGUAAAUCAAAGAAAGAAAUAUUCUCACUUGUCAAAGAGAGAGCGUGGAAGAAGAUAAAGGGCUUGAAGGAAAAGUUCUUGUCUAGGGCAGGAAAGGAAGUUCUUAUCAAAACAGUGGCUCAUGCCAUCCUGAAUUUCAUUAUGUCAUGUUAUAAACUUCCGGUGAGUUACUGCUAUGAGAUUGAGGCCAUGAUUGUGAACUUCUGGUGGGGCUCUAAGGAUGGGAAGAGAAAGAUUUAUUGA